GCAGACUUGAUCCCGGCGUGUGAUCCGGGACUGGGACUCGGAUGCAGAUCUUCUUCUCAGAAGUUGGGACGCGUCAAAGACGCUCCAGAUGUUGGUUGUUGUGACCGUACUGAGAGCAGAGGCGAUGGGGGGCAGGAAGGCUGCCGGGUGUCGGAGAUCCCGCCCCUCCCCCGUCCUCCCAGCGCUCUUCCUCCUCGCUGCCGUCCUGGUCUCGGUUUGGGCCGAUGGGCGGGAUUACUACGACCUGCUGGGCGUCAGCCGGGAGGCCACGACGAGGGAGAUCCGGCGGGCGUUCAAGCAGCUGGCGCUCACUAUGCACCCCGACAAGAACCCAGGCGACCCCUCGGCCCACGAGAAGUUCCUGCAGGUCAACCGGGCCUACGAGGUCCUGAAGGACGAGGACCUGAGGAAGAAGUACGACAAGUACGGGGAGAAGGGUCUGGACGAGCAGCAGCAGGGCGGGCGCUACGAGAGCUGGAACUUCUACCGAUACGACUUCGGGAUCUACGACGACGACCUGGAGAUCAUCACGCUGGACAGCGGAGACUUCGAGGCCGCAGUGAACUCUGGAGAAAUCUGGUUCAUCAACUUUUACUUCCCACGAUGCUCGCACUGCCACGACCUGGCCCCGACGUGGAGAGAGUUCGCCAAAGAGAUGGAUGGCGUGAUCCGGAUCGGAGCAGUGAACUGCGGCGACAACAACCACCUGUGCCGGCGGAUGGGCAUCAGCAGCUACCCCAGCCUGCUGGUGUACCGGGCGCAGCAGCGACCGGAGAGGUUCAAUGGCGAGCGCAGUGAAGACAACCUGGUCCGCUUCGCCAUGCAGUUCAUCACCACCAGCGUCACGCAGCUCUGGCAGGGAAACAUGUUUAACGAGAUCGAGUCUGCGUUCUCGUCGGGCCUCGGCUGGCUGAUCUCCUUCUGCUGCGACACUGGAGACUGUCUGGAGCCCAGAACGAGGCAGAAGCUGGCGGGAAUGCUGGACGGCCUGGUCAAGGUGGGCUGGGUCGACUGCACCAGCGAGCAGCACCUGUGCGACAGCUUCCAGGUGACGACGGGAGCGACGGCCCUGUUCCCUCCGGGGAGUUCUCUGAACCAGCAGGGCAGCAUCCUGUGGAUCAACUCUCUGGACAGUAAAGAGAUCCACAGCCAGGUGAUCAACCACCUGCCGGACCUGGAGCUGCUCACCGCCGACUCCUUCCAGAGCAAACUGGCUCACCACCGCUGGCUCAUCAGCUUCACCUUCGGAGACAGAACUUCCUCCAACGAGUACAAGAAGCUGCAGGCUUUCCUGAGGAGCGACCACAUCCAGGUGGGCAGAGUGGACUGUGUCGCCGACGCGCCGCUGUGUGAGUCUCUCUACAUCCAUAAGCGCUGCGUGGCGGUUUUCAAAGGCCUGGGGAUCCACGACUUCGAGAUCCACCACGGUAAAGACGUGCUGUACAACAUCGUGGGCUUUGCCAGGGACAGCGUGCGCGCUCACGUGACGACGCUGAGGCCCGAGAACUUCCCGUCCGACAGGAAGGAGCCGUGGCUGGUGGACUUCUUCGCUCCGUGGUGUCCUCCCUGCCGAGCUCUGCUGCCCGAGCUCCGCAAGGCCUCCAUCCAGCUGGCCGGCCAGAUGAAGUUCGGUACUCUGGAUUGCACCAUCCACCACGGCCUGUGCUCCACGUACAACAUCCAGGCUUAUCCCACCACCGUGAUCUUCAACGGCUCCUCCAUUCACGAGUACGAAGGCCACCACUCGGCCGACGGCAUCCUGGAGUUCAUCCAGGAUCUGAUCAAUCCCUCCGUCACCGUUCUAGAUCCCUCCAGCUUCAAAGAGAAGGUGAAAGGCCGGGCCGACGGUCAGGUGUGGGCGGUGGAUUUCUACGCUCCGUGGUGCGGCCCCUGCCAGGCUCUGCUCCCCGAGUGGAGACGCAUGGCCCGGCUGCUGUCGGGCCAGAUCUCCGUCGGUUCCGUCGACUGUCAGCGUUUCCAGUCGUUCUGUCAGAACCAGGGAGUGAGAGCGUACCCCGAGAUCCGCCUGUACUCCGGGAGCGCCCGGCAGCCCGACCGCUUCUCGAGUUAUAACGGCUGGCACAGAGACGCUCAUUCGCUCAGAGCCUGGGCGCUCAGCUCUUUACCUCGGGCCUCAGUGGAUCUGACUCCAGACACCUUCAGGUCUCUGGUUCUGUCCGGUAAGGACCACUGGGUCCUGGACUUCUACGCCCCGUGGUGCGGACCCUGCCAGCACUUCGCCCCAGAGUUUGAAGUUCUGGCUCGGAUCCUGAAGGGGGAGGUCCGUGCCGGGAAGGUGGACUGUCAGGCUCAUCAUCAGACCUGCCAGUCAGCAGGAAUCACAGCGUACCCCACAGUCAGGUUCUACCCCUACCAGGGCAAGAAGAGGUACGAACAGAGUGGCGAGCACAUCAACAGCCGGGACUCCGGCGUGAUCGCCGACACCAUCAGACAGCGGCUACAGCGACUGUCGCCACGGUUACAGCAGAAGCCGAAGGACGAGCUCUGAUGACGUCGAGGGGCGAUGUGAUUGGUCAGGAUGGGAUGGUCAGCUGACAGUAUUCUUCUGGCUGUGUGGGAUCUACUGAACACUAGUCUUUCUUUGUUUGUCUCCAUUGUUUGUAUUUACUCUAUGAAGUAAAGCUGUGGGACGCCGCACUCCGACCGUGUUACUGACUCGCUGUGGACAUCGUGCUGUAUUUUACCUGCUCUUUCUCAAUAAAGUGUCUUUCUGUGAGGCUGUUCACAGAAUU